AUGGUCAACGUUCCUGCUUUUAUCGAUAAACUUCUUUCUGUAAACGACCUCACGCAAGCCUCACUUACAAGAAGCAUCAACGAGAAAGAGCUGGAUGAGGUGAUUCUCGAAUGUAAGCAAAUCGUGCUUCGGCAGCCGGCCUUCUUGGUGCUCGAGCCACCCAUAAAUUUAGUUGGCGAUAUCCAUGGCCAAUACGUCGACUUGUUGAGGAUUUUCAAUCGGUGUCGAUUUCCCAAUGACGCAAAUUAUCUCUUCCUGGGAGAUUAUGUGGAUCGUGGUCGGCAACAGUUGGAAACGAUUGCUUUGCUGAUGGCCUACAAAAUUCUCUACCCGGACACUUUCUUCAUUCUUCGUGGAAAUCAUGAGAGUCGAUCAAUUAGCAAGGUUUACGGAUUUUAUGAAGAGUGCAAGAGACGUUACAAUGUGCGCCUUUGGGAAUCGUUUCAAGACUUGUUCAACUCGCUGCCAUUCGCGGCUUUGGUGGGUGGUCGGAUUUUCUGCAUGCACGGUGGUCUUUCGCCUAGUCUAAACCAAUGGGACCAAAUCGACAAUGUUACUCGUCCGGUUGACCCUCCGAACAAAAGUUUGCACAUGGAUCUGUUGUGGGCCGAUCCCGAACAAGGACAUGCUGGUUGGGGAGUAAACACUCGAGGUGUCUCGUAUAUAUUUGGUGAAGACGUCGUCCACGAUUUCUGCACCAAAAUGGACAUUGAUCUGAUUGCGCGGGGACAUCAAGUGGUGCAGGAUGGAUUUGAGUUCUUCGCUGAUCGCAAGCUCGUCACCAUAUUUUCAGCUCCCAAGUAUUGCGGAGAAUUCGACAACAAUGCGGCUGUUUUGAUUGUUGACACGAAGCUCGAGUGCUCGUUUGAGAUCUUGAAAGCCACCGAUACACAGAUUAAGAUCCGAUCAAAGCGAAGAAAAAAGUCGAAGAAGCGC